AUGUAUUAUGGUGGCAAUAACUAUGGUGGAAAUUAUGGAGCUAACAAUAAUUAUGGAUAUGGCGCCAGUAAUCAAUACGGUGCUGGUUAUUCCAACAACAACAAUCCAUACGGAAACAAUCCCUAUCCAAACAACAACAAUCCAUAUGGAAACAAUAAUCCUUAUGGAAAUAAUAAUAUGGCUUAUAAUAACAUGCAAUAUCCAAACAAUAAUCCUUACCAAAACAACAAUCCUUAUGGAAAUAACAUGCAAUACCCAAACAAUAACAACCCUUACUCUCAACCACCUCGAGCAGGAUACUUUGAUUCUGGAAAUAUCGAACACCCUUGCUACGAAUGUUCCGUUGGUCAUUACUGUCCUGGAGAUGGUCAUUCAUACGAGUGUGCUAAUGGUACCAUUUCCAAUCAGAUUGGACUUUCAACAUGUCUGACAUGUGCCAGUCAACGAACAAAUUCAGAUCACACUGUUUGUCUUCUUCCAGAUACUCCUCAAGACGCAAGAGAAUUCUCAUUGAAACAUGUCCUUGAGAUUGAUAAUCACAAUCCUUACUUGUAUACCACCUUGAGAUUCUCAGAAAUUGGUGAAUCGAAUCCAUUCCAAUACAUUCAACUCACGUUUUUAAACAGUCGUGCAGCUCCCAUGUUGGUCUAUGCUUCGACCGUGACCGGUCAACCAUCUCCUCAACAAUCCUUCCAAUAUUUUGCUUCUGGAUUGAAUGCAACCAUUGCAGUUCCAAACCCACGAGGUCGAUCUAUUGGAGUCAUUUUGUAUCUUCAUGUUGUUUCAUUGAAUGCAAGGAAAAGUGCAAUGUUGGUUCAACCUUACAAUUAUUUGGAUUUGAUUUAUACUUUGCAACCUGGUUCGAACUUUAUUCAAACGAGCAGUGAAUUGGCAUUGUAUAGUGUGGAUAAUGAGGUGUUAUUGACCUAUCCAAAGAUUCCUCCUAAUGCGAAUGUGGAAUUGCAAAUUUCAGCACGAGAAGGAUUUAAUGACAAGAUUUCAUUUGUGUUGUGUUAUUCGAGCAAGAUUCCUCAGAGAUUUCCCAAUUAUUACAAUUCUGACACUUUCAUUACAAGUUCUUACAAAGAAAAUGCAAGUGCUUUGUUGAGAACAAAUUUUGGCAAUGAUGGAGGUUAUUUGGCCGUGGCUCUCAUCUUUAAACAAACUUUUUGGAACGGAAAAAUUAAUGUAGACUUUAAAAUCAUGUCCAAGUAA